GCCCCUGCCUCCGCUCCCGGCUGCUUUCACUUUUCGGCCCCGUUGCAGCCCCGCGGUAGGAUGUCGCGGCCCAGCAGCGAGUCCCCGCGGCCUGCGCCGGGCGGUGGUGGCCGCGGCCGGGCCAAGGGGCUGCGGGACAUCCGUGUGGACGAGGAGGUGAAGAUCGCCGUGAACUUGGCCCUGGAGCGGUUCCGAUACGGCGACCAGCGAGAAAUGGAAUUUCCCUCUUCUUUGACUAGUACGGAACGAGCUUUUAUUCACCGACUGAGUCAGUCCCUUGGCCUCAUCUCCAAAAGCAAAGGGAAAGGAGCAAACAGAUACCUAACUGUAAGGAAAAAAGAUGGUUCAGAAUUGGCACAUACAGUAAUGACUUGCAGUUUGAUUCCCAAUACAAAACAUGCUAUUAGGAGUCUAAUUCAGAGAUUUCCUGUCACCAAUAAAGAACGCACUGAACUUUUGCCAAAAACAGAACGAGGAAAUGUGUUUGCUGUCGAAGCUGAGAAUCGAGAAAUGAGCAAGACAAGUGGGAGACUUAACAAUGGCAUCCCUCAGAUUCCAGUGAAAAGGGGAGAAUCUGAAUUUGAUUCCUUCAGGCAAUCUCUACCAGUUUUUGAGAAACAGGAAGAAAUUGUCAGAAUUAUUAAAGAAAAUAAAGUUAUUUUGAUUGUGGGAGAAACUGGAUCAGGAAAAACGACUCAGAUUCCUCAGUUCCUUCUUGAUGAUUGUUAUAAAAAUGGAAUUCCAUGUCGCAUAUUUUGCACUCAGCCAAGACGUUUGGCAGCAAUUGCUGUAGCUGAAAGGGUUGCUGCAGAAAGAAGAGAAAAGAUUGGCCAGACAAUUGGUUAUCAGAUCAGAUUAGAAAGCAGGGUUUCUCCGAAGACACUAUUAACAUUUUGCACUAAUGGUGUUUUACUUCGCACACUAAUGGCAGGAGAUAGCACGCUAUCAACAGUGACACAUGUUAUUGUGGAUGAAUUACAUGAGAGGGAUAGAUUUAGUGAUUUCUUGUUAAUAAAACUGAGAGACAUAUUGCAAAAACAAGCAAAUUUGAAACUGAUUCUAUCUAGUGCUGCCCUAGAUGUGAAUCUGUUUAUCAGAUAUUUUGGAAGUUGCCCGGUAAUUCACAUACAAGGAAGACCAUUUGAAGUUAAGGAGAUGUUUUUAGAAGACAUUUUACGAAGUACUGGAUAUACAAAUAAAGAAAUGAUGAAAUACAAAAAAGAAAAACAACGAGAAGAGAAACAGCAAACAACCCUCACAGAAUGGUAUUCUGCUCAAGACAGUAGUAGUAAACCAGAGGCUCAAAGACAAAGAUCUGUCCCGAGUGUAGCUGAAGAAUAUGACCUGUUGGAUGAUGGUGGUGACACAGUAUUCAGUCAGCUGACUGAAAAAGAUGUGAACUGUCUUGAACCUUGGUUAAUAAAAGAAAUGGAUUCCUGUCUCUCUGACAUAUGGUUGCAUAAAGAUGUUGAUGCCUUUGCUCAGGUGUUUCACCUUAUUUUAACUGAAAAUGUCAGUGUUGAUUAUAGGCACAGUGAAACCAGUGCAACUGCGCUAAUGGUUGCUUCAGGGAGAGGCUUCUUGAGUCAAGUAGAGCAGCUAGUCAGUAUGGGAGCAAAUGUGCACUGCAAAUCAUCCAAUGGCUGGAUGGCUUUGGAUUGGGCUAAGCACUUUGGACAGACUGAGGUGGUUGACCUUCUGGAAUCCUAUAGUGCUUCCUUGGAGUUUGGAAAUCUGGAUGAAAGUUCUCUGGUCCAGGCAAAUGAUGGUGACCUUAGUGCAGAAGACAGAGAGCUACUGAAAGCAUACCAUCACAGUUUUGAUGAUGAGAAAGUGGAUCUGGACUUGAUUAUGCACCUACUUUACAACAUCUGUCAUAGUUGUGAUGCUGGAGCAAUUUUAAUUUUUCUACCUGGCUACGAUGAAAUAGUUAGCUUGAGGGAUCGCAUUCUGUUUGAUGACAAGAGAUUUGCUGAUAAUGUUCACAGGUACCAGGUUUUUAUGCUGCAUUCAAAUAUGCAAACAUCAGAUCAGAAGAAGGUGCUGAAAACUCCACCCCCAGGCAUCCGCAAAAUAAUUCUUUCAACUAACAUUGCAGAAACCAGCAUUACAGUCAAUGAUGUUGUGUUUGUUAUUGACUCUGGCAAGAUGAAAGAGAAAUCCUUUGAUGCAUUGAACUGUGUUACAAUGUUAAAAAUGGUAUGGAUUUCAAAAGCUAGUGCCCUCCAGCGAAAAGGCAGGGCUGGGCGCUGCCGGCCUGGAAUCUGUUUCCGACUCUUCAGCAGGCUCCGAUUUCAGAAUAUGUUGGAAUUCCAGACUCCAGAACUUCUAAGAAUGCCAUUGCAGGAGCUUUGUUUGCACACAAAACUGUUGGCUCCAAUUAACUGUCCUAUUGCUGAUUUUCUGAUGAAAGCCCCAGAUCCUCCACCAGGCUUAAUUGUCAGAAAUGCUGUUCAAAUGCUUAAGACAAUAGAUGCCAUGGAUACCUGGGAAGAUCUCACGGAACUUGGUUAUCAUCUUGCUGACCUCCCAGUAGAGCCACACCUUGGUAAAAUGGUGUUGUGUGCUGUUGUUUUGAAGUGCCUGGAUCCUAUUCUUACCAUUGCUUGCACUCUUGCAUAUCGAGACCCUUUUGUCCUACCUACACAGGCCUCACAAAAACGUGCAGCUAUGCUGUGUAGAAAACGUUUUACUGCGGGAACAUUUAGUGACCAUAUGGCGCUUCUCAGGGCUUUUCAGGCAUGGCAAAAGGCACGGAGUGAUGGGUGGGAGAGAGCCUUCUGUGAGAAGAACUUUCUUUCCCAGGCUACAAUGGAAAUAAUCAUAGGGAUGAGGACACAGUUACUUGGUCAGCUCAGAGCUUCAGGUUUUGUGAGGGCUAGAGGUGGAGGUGAUAUUCGGGAUGUUAACACCAACUCUGAAAACUGGGCUGUAGUUAAAGGUGCUCUAGUAGCUGGGAUGUAUCCAAACCUUGUCCAUGUGGACAGAGAGAACCUUGUAUUAACUGGACCAAAAGAGAAGAAAGUGCGAUUUCACCCAACCUCUGUUCUUAGUCAGCCUCAGUAUAAAAAGAUUCCUCCAGCAAAUGGCCAAGCUGCAGCUAUUCAGGCGCUCCCCACAGAUUGGCUAAUAUAUGAUGAAAUGACUAGAGCACACAGAAUAGCAAACAUCCGAUGCUGUUCUGCUGUGACACCUGUUACAGUGUGCCUCUUUUGUGGACCAGCAAGAUUACCAAGUAAUGCUUUACAGGAGCCCUCAUCUUUCAGAGUGGAUGGUGCACCUAAUGAUAGUAGUGAUAGUGAGAUGGAAGACAAAACAACUGCUAAUCUGGCUGUAUUGAAGCUAGAUGAAUGGCUGCAUUUCAAACUAGAUCCUGAGGCUUCCAGUCUGCUGUUACAACUCAGACAGAAAUGGCACAGCUUAUUUCUUCGCCGCAUGAGAGCCCCUUCUAAACCUUGGUCUCAAGUUGAUGAAGCAACUAUAAGAGCAAUCAUAGCUGUUUUAAGUACUGAAGAGCAGUCUGCAGGUUUACAGCAGCCUUCAGGAAUUGGACAAAGACCAAGACCAAUGUCUUCUGAAGAGCUUCCCUUAGCAUCUUCAUGGAGAUCAAAUACCAGCAGAAAAAGCUCAGCAGAAACAGAAUUCUCUGAUGACUCUUCUAAUGCUGAAAAAGUCUUAAUGAAAUCUAUAUCGCCAGCAUUUCACCAGCCACAGAAAUACAAAGAAAGAGGUAUCUUACAUUCCAAACGAAGUUCAGAAGACAGGUCAGAUCAGUCAUCUGUGAAAUCCACAGACAGUAGCAGUUAUCCCAGCCCAUGUGCCAGUCCUUCUCCUCCAUUAUCUGGAAAGGGCUCCAAGUCUCCUUCACCAAGACCAAAUAUGCCAGUUCGGUACUUCAUAAUGAAGAGCAGCAAUCUGAGAAACCUUGAUAUUUCUCAGCAAAAGGGUAUAUGGUCUACAACCCCAAGCAAUGAGCGGAAAUUAAAUCGAGCUUUCUGGGAGAGCAGUAUAGUUUACUUGGUAUUUUCAGUUCAAGGAUCUGGACAUUUUCAGGGUUUUGCUAGAAUGUCUUCAGAGAUAGGACGUGAGAAAAGUCAGGAGUGGGGCUCCACAGGCUUAGGAGGAGUGUUUAAGGUGGAGUGGAUCCGGAAAGAAAGUCUUCCCUUUCAAUUUGCGCAUCACUUACUCAACCCUUGGAACGACAAUAAGAAAGUACAAAUAAGCAGAGAUGGCCAGGAACUGGAACCACAGGUUGGAGAACAGUUGCUACAGCUUUGGGAUCAUAUUCCUGUGGUUGGAAAAAACACAACUGAUUGACGAUACACAGAAAUACACUUGAGCUAUGGCUGCUAAGAACAUCUGUUUAAUAAGCACUGAGCCCUGCAGUGCAUCUGCAAAAAAAUAAAUAAAAAGAAGGGGAGAAGUGUCGUAAGGCAACAGGCUCUUGGAAUUACACCAUUCCUUGAUCAUUAGCACUGAAACCCCCCCUCUCCCCCCGCCAGGAGGGUACCUUUUUAAUUUUAUUAAGAACUUAUAGUAGCAAACAUCAGAACAGUACUUACUAGUAUGUUCUUGACAGAAUGAAAAUGAUGUGUAUUUUAUAGUGUGACAUAUAUGGCUUGUCUACACUGUUUCAGUACUGCUCCUGGGCAUGAAUGUUCAAUUGAGCAAGUGUGUCCACUCCCUGCACAGUACCUCCCAAACUGAAAUAUUAUAGCCACCUUAAUGCCGUGCUGAGUGCGUAUCUUUUGAGAGAACUGUGGGGAGAGCUUAUUGGCAGGCACCAGCACUACUUAGGAGGCUAUGUUUACUUCUUUUUCAGGUGACUGUGUUAGUGGAAUGGCCAUGGGGUGCCUCCUGCUAGUGCUCCCUUGUCUGGUACUGUUGUGGUGUGAACAUGCCCUUAGUGUACAGUUUAUUUUUGAGCAUGUAGUUUUAAAGCUUCAAAAUUAAAUUUAAAACAAUGGAGAAGACUGAAAUUGCUGGUGAGUUUUAAAUAGCAUGGUAGGGAGUUACAUAUAUCCUUUCAGUUCAGAACAACACAAAAUUUUUAGAGCAAUUAUUGUUACAUUAAUCUUGCAACUUUUAUUAUUUAGACAUUUUGAGAAUAUAGAUUUCCAGUUAUAGGUGAAGAUUUCUUAUAGUAGCCAUCAAGCAUCUAAAUGUUGUGGUAGAGUAGGCUAUGUACAGACAAAUGACUUGGCAGAAUGUACUCCUUGCAACUGAUUUUUAAAAAUUAAAUGCUCUUAUAUUUAUACCAUGAAUGGAAAGUGUAUAGGCUUUUUUUUGUCUGAAUGCUAGUUCAGAGGGUGUUUCUAAAUCCCCAUUAUCCUUUUAAGUGAGGGUCACACUUUUUGUCCACAGACCUGUAACUGCCUCUUUAAUGGAUAUUUCCAUCAUUAGUAAACAAAAUAGCCUCUUUAAAGGUGCUGCCAAAGGGCAGUCUGCCAGGUCAUGUAGCACUGGGCAUUAAAAAAGAAGUAACUCUAAACACUUUCAAAACAGUUACCAGCAGCAUUUUCUUUACCUUUACUGUUAUCUUUAUUUUCCUGUGUGUCUCCACAAAAUUUAUAUACUUAAUGGCUACUAUAAGAAGUCUUCAUCUAUAACUGGAAAUCUCCAUCCUUGUCUUUUAAUUUAUUUUCUGUUUUCUCCUCUUGGGCAUGUAUUACUGCUGAUAUUCUGCUAUUUUGGUCUUGUCUACUUGGGAAAAAUACUGUGCUGUAAGUUACGAUGUGUAUUUACUGUGUAUUAGCUAUUCCACCCUGAUCCUAACUUUCUACUGGGACACUUUUAUGCUUGCAGGCUAUAUCUGUAUUACACAAUUAUGUUGCUAGGUACUGUUACACUGAGAGAUGCAAUAUUCACUUUGUACAUGCUACCUUCCAAACUGGUAGCAGUUUAGCUAGCUGCCUUUAAUGUACUGCUGUAUAUGUAUUAAUAAGCCCUCAGUGAAGGAGAAUUUAUUGGCAUAAGUGUGGUGCUAUGAUUAAGGCAGCUACAGUAGUUUCAGGAGAUAGCAAAAACAAUGUAUCUCUGUAUGGGGCAGUUUCGGUGCCAUAAUUGAGCAAUAUCAUCAUACCCUCAAAGAGCCACUGUAUGGAAAGUGACCUUGAUCUUAAUCCAUACUAAAUACCAAGAUGUUCAUGUAGAGUUAAGGUUGAUUCAUACCCUAUCUUACUGUACAGUUGCUUCCCUGGGUAGACAAGCUCCCUUUUUCCUUGAGGGUAAUUGCAUUCUACCAAAAACUUUGGGUUCCAGAAAGUGGUGCGUUUUGAAGACCUAAUUUUACUAAUUCCUCUCUCCUAACUUGUGCAUUUCCUUUUGUACCAUAGUACAUGAAGAGCCCCCUAUUAUAUUACAUGACUUUUAAGAUGUGCAUGAAGUCCCUUUAGAAAUUUGAACAAGGUAAAGGGUUUGCAGUUCAGAGGAAACUUUUGUUACUGAACUGAUAGUGCACAUUUCCUUUCAAAACUAAUGAACUUAGGAAAGUUUUGGAAUGAUUUGCAACCUAAACUCUUGAAAGGACUGCACAUCUAUGCUUGCACACUCAGAAGAGGAAAAAUCAUGAGUGGCCUUAAAAGAAAAAGGAGGAGAAAUAUUGAAAGAGAAUCCAUCUGUUUUCUCCAGGAAAAGUAUUUUAUAUCGAUACAGUGCAUCAACUAAGAUAUUCAGAAUGUCCACUGAUUUUUAUUUUAUUUUUUUUUAUUUCCCCUGCAUACCCUCUUACUCCUUAAGUUUCAUGUCUUUGUCACAUAUUGAUGUGAAAUCAUUUGCAAUUAAGGUUUUGCUGCACAUCAUUGUAGUUAUAUGUUUCCCCUGUUAAAUUUUAUUAGCAGUAACCUUAGAUCCAGAUUUCGUGUUUAUCUGUUCUUUGUUUUUGGAGUUAGAAAUAAGGAAUUGCAGGAAUAAAGUUUUUUUUUUCAGUUUUAGCUUUGUGAUGUCUUGCAAUUAUUACUUUCUGUAUAUAGAGUAGAUAAAUUUAGUGAAAAUAUAAUUUUGACCAAAUUCGUUAUUAAUACUAGGAAUAUACAUUUAAAAAUGCAAUAUGUUAUACAGGAAUUAAACUGAUUUAACAAAUUCUUCUUAGUUUGAAUAACAAAGUUUGGAGAGGUUACGAGCUAAUUCUGACCUGAGAUGUUAUAAAAGCACAGUUUAAACUACUAAGCUUCUCUCAUUGAUAAUGUUUUCAUGGGGCCUGCGCUUCCUCCAGUUCUUUUCACUUUAUGGAACAAUCAAACAAAUGGAUUACAGAGUAAGUUUCUCAGGGUUUUGGACAUUAGGAUAAGUUUUAUUUGGUCUUUGUUUAUCAUGCCAGAUCUGUUAGUCCUGACAAACUACUAUAAUUCUGCACUGGUGGAGGGACUCAAUUUUUUAGAGGAAUUCUGAUUAAAGUAGACAAAUUCAGUGAGCCAGAACACACCUGCUUUGUUUUCUCUCUUCAUUUUUUCUUUUUUUUUUUCUUGGAAGUAGCAUGAUUUUUUUUCCUGUUGCAUGUUUAGAACUGCCACUGCUGGUGUCUUGGAGUAAAAGCUGAACUCCAGCUUCAUGAAAGACAAAAUUAAAAAUGAGUAAUGGCUUGAGAACAAAAUGUUGGGUUAUGAGUUAGGCUAGGUCACUAUGGGUUUAGAAAGGUCCCCAGGAACUUAAUGGGCUACUGAAGUAGCUGUUAAUUGAGGAUUCAUAAAAUUAAUUCAUGCAAUUCCAAGGUCAGUGUUACAGUCUAUCCAUAAUAAGAAAUGCUUCCUAGUCUUUGAUACGGCCACGUUCAUAGGAUAUAAAAUAAUAAAAUCUCAUAGAGUUAGAAAAUUGUUACUGUUCAUCCUUUGGGAUUUUUGGCGCACAGCUACAAUAACUGGUGUUGUCUGUAGCAGUGUUUAAUAUCUCUUCAGCAAUAGCAGUACGACUUGACCCAGGAACAGACUGCCGGUAAUGUCUUCUAGUAGAUUAAAAAACCUUCAUUUUUUACCUUUGAAGAAUUUAAGUUACUGGGAGAGUAUUUUGAACUAAGGAACACUGACCAUUGUGAUGUGUGGUGUUCUUGUUUUCCCAUGUAUAAGUCACUUGCAGAUAUUUGUGUAUCUCUAAAUAAGAAUAAAGGAACAGGUUUUAUUAA